AUGUUCACGUCACUAUCAUCUCGCGCCGCAAGGCAACUCGUACAACAGACACCUCGAGCCACAUCUUCCAUUGGCCGCCGCUAUGCACACGCACCCGCCGUUUUCGACUGGAAAGAUCCUCUCAAUGCCGCGGCAAACUAUACAGAAGACGAGCUAGCGAUAGCAGAAACGGCCGAAUCAUACUGUCAAGAACGAUUACUACCACGGGUACUCGAGGCCUACAGAAAAGAGGACUACGACCGCACCAUCCUCGCCGAAAUGGGCGAGCUCGGCCUCCUAGGCGCUACAAUCAAGGGCUACGACUGCGCUGGCGUCUCCUCCGUAGCAUCCGGCCUGAUCACGCGAGCAGUAGAAAGAGUAGACAGCGGCUACCGCAGCGGCAUGUCCGUCCAAUCCUCCCUAGUAAUGGGCGGGAUCGACGAGUUCGGCACGGAAGAACAGAAAGAGAAGUUCCUCCCCGGCCUAGCCAAGGGCAAAAUCCUAGGCUGUUUCGGCCUGACGGAACCGAACCAUGGCUCGGAUCCGGGUAGUAUGGAGAGCGUGGCGAAGCCGCAUCCGACUAAAGAUGGGUAUUACAGUCUCAGUGGGGCCAAGACGUGGAUUACCAAUUCGCCGAUUGCGGAUCUGUUUCUUGUGUGGGCGAAGUUGCAGGAGACGGGGAAGAUAAGGGGGUUUUUGGUGGAGAGGGAGAAGUGUCCGCCUGGGACACUGGAGACGCCGAAGCUGGAUAAUAAGAAUGGGUUGAGGGCGUCGGUCACGGGCAUGAUCCAGAUGGAUGAAGUGCCGGUGGCGAAGGAGAUGAUGUUUCCUCAUGUUGAGGGCUUGAGGGGUCCGUUUUCGUGUCUGAAUAGUGCGAGGUAUGGUAUUGCUUGGGGGACUAUCGGUGCGUUGGAAGAUUGUAUUGCGAGGGCGAGGGAGUACGCGUUAAAGAGGAAGCAGUUCAAGGGGAACCCGAUUGCGAAGUAUCAGCUCGUGCAGAAGAAGCUCUCGGAUGCUGUCACGGAUGCGGCGUUUGGUAUUCAAGCCGCGUAUCAGGUUGGCAGGCUGAAGGAUGAGGGUAAGGCUGCUCCGGAGAUGAUCUCGAUGAUCAAGAGGCAGAAUUGCGAUCGUGCUCUCAUCAACUCGAGGACGCUGCAGGAAGUCUUCGGUGGUAAUGCGGUGAGUGACGAGUAUCAUAUUGGUCGGCAUGUGUCGAAUUUGUUCGUCACGCAGACUUAUGAGGGGCAGAGUGAUAUUCAUGCUUUGAUUCUUGGUCGUGCAAUUACUGGCAUUCAAGCAUUUGUGUAA